AUGGCACCGCCCACAGAAUCUGAUAUCCUCACAAACUACCUCCUCCAGCCGGCUCCCCUGCCUUCCAUAACCACCUUUAACCAAUUCGCGCUGCUAUUUCCUCGGGCACUGCACAAUUCGCCUCAGCUGCGGUCUCUAUACCGUGAUCUGCAGGCCCAGCGCAAUGUGGUGGUUGAUGCUGUUGCCGCGAGCAUACAGGAUGAGGUGAAGCGCGGAGCGGCUAUGAGAAAGGAGGUUUUGCGGCAGAAGAGGGAGGCAGAGAGAGAUGAUAUGGACGGAGAGGUGGAGAUGGAGAGAGCGCUGUUUGGCCACAAUUCUGGAGUAAAAAGGGCCGCACACAGCUUAAACUCUGUAAUACCAGAACUCGAAGGCGCGGUUGGAACGCUCGACGCAGAAAUCAAGAGGCUCGAAGAAGAAGAGGCUGCUCUCCAGGAAUCCAUUCAGCAGACCAUUGGCGGCUUAAGCGAUCUCCGUUACGGCAAACUGUCCAACGGCAAUCUUCGCGAUGACAUUAUUGACGGCUUGAAAUCACUCCAAGAAACAUGCGAGAGCAAGUCAUGA